AACUGAAAGAAAGUCAUCAUGGGAGCAUUUUUAGACAAGCCAAAGAUGGAGAAGCAUAAUGCCCAGGGGCAAGGGAACGGACUUCGUUAUGGUCUGAGUAGUAUGCAAGGCUGGCGGGUUGAAAUGGAGGAUGCACAUACGGCUGUGAUUGGUUUGCCAAAUGGACUUGAUGGAUGGUCAUUUUUUGCUGUAUACGAUGGGCAUGCUGGGUCACAGGUUGCCAAGUACUGCUGUGAGCAUUUAUUAGAUCACAUCACGAGCAACCAGGAUUUUAAAGGGCCAGAUGGGCCACCAUCUGUAGAAAGUGUAAAGAGCGGCAUCAGAACAGGUUUUCUGCAAAUUGACGAACACAUGAGAGUCAUCUCCGAGAAGAAACAUGGUGCAGACAGAAGUGGGUCAACAGCUGUGGGUGUCAUGAUUUCUCCCCAACAUACUUACUUCAUCAACUGUGGAGACUCAAGAGGUUUACUUUGUAGAAACAGGAAGGUUCACUUCUUCACACAGGAUCACAAACCAAGUAAUCCACUGGAGAAAGAGCGUAUACAGAAUGCAGGUGGCUCUGUAAUGAUUCAGCGUGUGAAUGGCUCUCUUGCUGUUUCAAGGGCACUUGGGGACUUUGAUUACAAAUGUGUCCAUGGGAAAGGUCCUACAGAACAGCUGGUCUCACCUGAGCCUGAAGUUUAUGAAAUUGAAAGAUCAGAAGAAGAUGAUCAAUUCAUCAUACUGGCUUGCGACGGAAUCUGGGAUGUUAUGGGAAAUGAAGAGCUGUGUGACUUUGUAAGAUCCAGACUUGAAGUCACUGAUGACCUUGAGAAAGUUUGCAAUGAGAUAGUUGACACCUGCUUGUACAAGGGAAGUCGAGACAACAUGAGUGUGAUAUUGAUCUGUUUUCCGAAUGCACCAAAGGUAUCGCCAGAGGCGGUGAAAAGAGAGGCAGAGUUGGACAAGUACCUGGAAAGCAGAGUAGAAGAGAUCAUAAAGAAGCAGGGUGAAGGAGUCCCAGACUUAGUCCACGUGAUGCGUACGUUAGCAACUGAGAGCAUCCCAAACCUCCCGCCGGGGGGUGAAUUGGCGAGCAAACGGAGUGUGAUUGAAGCCGUUUAUAACAGACUGAACCCCUACAGGAAUGAUGAUACUGACUCUGCCUCAACUGAUGAUAUGUGGUGAAACUGCUCAUCUAGCUGUGGAGUUCACGUUUCAUCCUUCCAAUGGAGGUGCAGCCCAACCUCAGUGACCCUUCUUAACAUCCAUCCUCAACCUUAAUUAAGGAAGGGAGUAUGUGUUGGUGAGAAUGACUACAGCAGUACGACAUGUAGCCCAGGAACUGAUCUUUUUUGUAAAACAGACUUCUGUAAACGUGAUUUCAAAACAUAAUUCAUGUUGUAAAUCAGACUCCAGCGAUUUAUGUUGUAUGAUUUUGUUUUUGUAAAGUGCAAUUGUCUUUGUACAAAACGCUCAUAUUUAAUUAUGAACUGCUUUAAAUCACUAUAAAGGUUAGAAGAAACGUUUGGCUUGUGUGAUGCUACAGUAUAUAUCCCUUUAAAUUCAUGUUGUGGUUUUGGAUUGCAAGGAGCAGCAGCCUAGCCAGCUAGGUGCUUAAGAGGUGCACAAAACUGUAAAGAUAAUUUUUUGUUAUAUGUGAAAGCUGAACUUGUGGGCAAUUUACCAGAAAUUACAGUGUGUGAAUUUGCUUGGCAAUGAAAAAAUAGCUAAGAGUAGUGCACAUUCUUCAACAAAUGUAUAUCGUUUUCUUGGAUGCACUCCUACUCUCACAUUGAGUUAAAGGGAGUUCUGAUUUUGACUUCAGUGGGAGUUAAAUCAUGCCCUAUUAAUAGUGUCGUGUCCAUAGGCAUACAAACCUUGGGAUUACAAUGCCUUGAUUCUUUGCACCUCUUUUUUCAUUAACCCUUACCUGAAACUACUAAUCACUGAGCAUGAACAGGCAGCUUUCUACAUACAGUAGGAGUCUGCAGCAUUUUUACAAUCCUGAUUGGCUGGGUCUGCUGCUGUUCCAAGUAAAAUACUUUGAAUUCCAUUUUAUCAAUAAAGCUUGAUUUAACAAACAAGAAAUUUAUCCAUACAUGUGUAAUUCCUUUUUUUUUUUCCUGCCUUUCAAAAUGUCAGUGCCAUUGUAAAUGAUAUUUUACUUGUGGAAGAAUAUUUUUAUUAAUUGGUAGCCCAUUUUUAAGAUGGGAAGGAUUUUGAUUAUUGCUCAAGACAUAGCCAUAUGCUAGAGAAUGACGUGGAAUUAAUCUGUUACCCUAUUUUUUACAACUGUGAGUUUUGUCAGGCUUUUUGGUGGUGUUUUUUUUUUUCUCCUCCCCGUUGAAGAUGUGCAUUGGUUUGAAUUUGCCUACUGUUUGAUAAAAAUACAUUUGUCAAAGCCUGACAAUCUUUAACAUUUUAUGGUGUGUGUUUUUUAAUUGACCCACUUGCAUAGAAUGAAAGACUAGUGGUUAAACAGUACUUGUGAUUUGAGAUAUAGCAUGUUGACAAUAUUUAGCUGUUCGUUGUUUAAAAUUCUAAUUUAAAAUCUAUAAGAUAAUCUAAUUUGAUUUAAGCUUAGCUUUCUCCCAUUGAGCAUACAAAAAUUCAGUUUUGAAGUCAGUUGUGUUUGCAGAACUGCUGUUUUGUGCACCUUGUAUUGUCUUUUUGGUUGAGAAUAUUGUAAUAUGUAGUUUACUCAUUUAGUAGGCAGAUUCCCCAAAAGGAAAAUCAGUAAAACAAGUAGAUUGUAACAUUUACUGCAGUUAAACAGAAUCAAAACUCGGUGUAUAAUUAGUUUUUGAUAGGAAAAUGUAGUACAAUGCAUUUUGCUAUAUUUGUCUUUCCCUAACUUUGAAAUAUACAUAUUUGUAUAUAUAGCCUUAAAACUAAUGCAGAGUUAGGGAACACUGAACAGUGAAAAAGUAACUUAUAGUGUCUUGGAACUAAGUAUAGUAUAUACCAGCAAACUUUUCUUCUAUCCCUCUUGUCUAUGUGGGGUGCUUAAACGUAACUUCAUUGUAUUCAGUUUGUAAUCUGUUCAAGCAUGAAUGAAGAAAACACAAGCACUAUUUGUAUUUAUAAAUUUAUAGCAAUUUUUGCUUAAAGAACCAGUUCCUUACCUACCUACGAAUAAAUGCUUAAAAUGUCUAAUUUUGUUGUAGAGUGCAAAACUAUAAUAAUGUUAAGUUAUAGCUUCACAGGCACCUAAUUAACAGGCAUAUUUAAUAAUACACGACGUAUUAGUGCAAAAAAGCUAAACCUAAUUUAGGAUGAGGCAGGUAAAGUUCUGUCCUUUUUCAUAGAGACUGAAGUUUAGUUUUGGAAACUGCAAAACCUUGAACUGGACUGUGGAACCUUUGAGUUUUAAACUUUAAAAAUUGCAAGCAAAACUGUGGUGUGGAAAGCCAUACUUCAAACCAUAACCGCUUAAACUGUCUCCGUGACAAAUGGUAUAUUUGAAGCCUCUUCUCAUGAGGCCUCCUAAAGGUCGGAAAGAAAAUAAUUCUGCUGUUGCUACAGGCGAUGUAACUGGGUUUGAGGGCAGCAGAAGAAAGCCCGUUUCAGGCCUUUCUCUCUCCCGCCUGUGAUCAGCGUUUUGAUGAGGUCAGAGCACUGAAUCUAUGACGUAUGCAUAAACACUGCCAUUUUAGAUACAGAUUUAGAUUAAAACAAUAAACAAAUUAAGUAUGUAAAGCAUUCUAGAAAAAAAAGGCAAGCUGUACUUUUCACUGCUCUGAAAAGAAAAAGGCACUUUUGCACCUUUGUGCAUCUCCUUCUUGUACCAGAAACUUUUUUUUUUUAAAUGCUAAAAACAUUAGCACCUCAGGGGCAAGGCAGCAAUUUUAUUAUUUUUUUUAAAGUAUUGUAUGCUAUUUAUUUCCUUCUUGGAAAAAGAUUCCUGUGUGACAAACAUCAAAAUUGUGCGAUGUUAAAAGAUGUAUUUUUAAAUACGUGUUCAAAUAGGACGGUCCCGAUUUGCUUGUUUUUAAAAGGAAAUGAGGUUUGUAAAGCUCCUUUGCUUUGUAUGCCCAUGCACCUUUGUUUCCCUUCUGCGUUUGAGAGCUUCACUGGCUUCAGUUUCUGUGAGUUUUGUUAUAGUCAGAUUAAAUGUUUCACUGGUGGUUGUGGGAGAAUACCUGUACUGCUUUAUGAACAACCGUUUCAAACAAUCCUCGCUAAUUCAGCAUUGAAAUAUGUUCAAGACAGAAGCUCCUAAAAUAUUUUUUUUCAAACCAAUGUUGGUUUAACUAAAUGCAAUUACGUUAAAUAGGCUCCUGGAUUUGCAAGGCUUUGUAAAUCCAUUGGACCGGUAGGGUCCCCGGUAACACCUGGUGGGGCAGAAGCCUGCAGGUCCCUUUCGGCUGGCCUGGUCCUACCUCCCCAGGGAGCAGCACCAAAAAGACCUUGAUGCAUGGCCAUCCUUCAUCUUCCAGUAGAAGUCGGAAUUGGAGACAGAAAUUUCAUCUCCUCGUCCUUAAACUGUGCUGGAUGGCCAUAACCCUAGUUGUGUCAUACCAGCAAGACGGCUGAUGAAUAUUAAGCAGCAGCAGAGUGGUGAUAGCCCUCACCCUGAGCGUUCAUGCAGGUGCCAAAGCUAAUUAUUUUUAUAUCUGCCUAGGAUAAACUGACUUCAGCUUCCAUUAAGUGGGUUAUUGCAAAGCUGGUACUGUUUUAGCUGUAUAGAUUAAAAUCUGAGCCUUUUUGUUCAGUUCAAGAACUGAAAGCUUGAAAAGGUGAUUUAAUGAAAUGAGGGAAGAGUUUUCACUUCAAUUGAUUCCCUGAUAAGAACCUUGUCUUAAUUUGUGACACUGGGAUAGGAUAUACUUCCUAUUGCACUUUUUUAGUAAUUUAUGAACUAAGGAGAUGGCUUCAUGAUCAAUUUAUAUCAAGACUAAACCAUUUCUGUAAGCUUUGCCCUUUUUGUGCCAGCAGUCGUGCUUUUGUGGCUGACAAAACCAACCCAACUGCACUCUUCAGCUGGGUGCGCUGAUGUACAAGCAUCCCGUGACUGGAUUGAGGGUAAGAUGUGGAGUGGGGUGACAGGACUGAGAGUAAAGGAAUGGUUGCACCACCCCUUUUUGUCACAGUUUGGGUAAACGAGGCCCUAAAUGCAGAUUAAUGAUUGACCUGUGUAGGGAGUAUCGAAGCCUUUGCUGAUCUUUCUCCACUCUGUGUUUAAGACAAACGUUUUGUGCUGGUAAACAUUCUUUCCCUUAAAACUGAAACCAAAGUGUCUUGUGUAUGAGUUCCAUGUUGACAAACUUGUUUUCUGUUUGCUCUCUUAGAUGUAAGUAGCCUGGUCCUGUGGGACAGACAGCAUGAUUGCCACAAUCAGGUUAAUGAUGUGAUUGUUACAGUUUACUUUUUUCAAUGUACAUCAGGAUUUCAUCCUGCUGAGAUGUUCACCUCCAUCUCUACCUGUACCUCCUUGACACAUGAGUUGUUACACUUAAAUUUCUUGAUAUUUAAACUUGGCCGUGUCUGUAAUGGGCUAACCUUUCAUAAAAUGUGAACCUGAUGUACCUUGCAUAGACUUAGAAACAGCAAGACCAUGUAGAGCUAUGGAGCUGUACCCAACAGCUUUCAGUAGAAAAUGGAAUGGUCACUCUGUGCUGUGAGGUGUGAAAAUAAUGUCUCCUAGAUAACUGGUGUGGCUCCUUGUUCCUACAGCUAAGUGUGUUGGAGGUAACCAUAACCCAAGCCUUUAUAUACCAGUACAGGGUGUAAAGUCUCUACUUGACUGGGUUAGACUUUUUUUAACUCUUCAAGUGGUAGAAAGAGGCUCCACAUGGGAAUUUCUAGGAUGCUGCACUACUCAAAAUUAACGUGAUUCCUGCUAUAAGCUGUAAAAGUGGAGCCAAAUUUAGAAGUAACAAUCAGGGGCUGAGUGCUUUUGACUGACCUGUCUGUGGGUGAGCUCCAGGCUGUCUCUGUGAUGGCUCACACGUUCUGCUGGGCUCUGCACACCCAGGUGUGCACCUCCUGAACCUCUUCCUGGCCUUGUGCUCAGCAAUGCUGCUUUGUAAAUGAGGUGGUGGGUCACCUGGGUGGUGGUAUUUGUUCACAGAAGUUCAAGAAGCUAUAGGAAAAGCUUUUCUUUAUUCUCAUGGACCACUGAAUGCUUUCAAGUAAAAAAGGAAAAGAAUAUCCAGCAUAUUUACUAGGUGAAAAAAAUGCCUGGAGCUUUACUCUCCCGAUUGUGUCAGUUGUACCUACAGUGACCUAAUCUCUGGGCACGUUCCUUGCUUUAUCUAUGUUUUUAUUUGAUGUUCCUUUUGAGUAGCAGCAAAGCAGGUCUAUUUCCACUCCCCCAUCAUGUAGACACUCUUUCAAAGUCUUUUCUUCCAAGCGAAGAGCACAGGAGUGAUAGUGCUGUCUUAGGAAAGGGGUUUGGGGGAGCCUUGCUUUAAAUCCAACAAGAACAAACUUCCUAACGUUGCAACCACAAAAUUUGGGAAAGCGGGCCUAGCUCUAAAAAUGCGUUUUAUAGAAUUCAUGAAAUAGUUAUAUUCUGAAAGCGUUAAAACUCCAGCAGAGGUGGGAUGACAGGUCAGAUUUCUAGAGUAUAUAUUAUUUUAUGUCUAGCCAGUUUUUACGCUUGUACUGAUUCCUGCCCAAAUGCUUUUUUAGAAUAUGACUAGAUAUGUACUUCUUUCUUUCUUUCUUUUUUUUUCCCCCCAAAAAAAGAAGAAUAAAACCAAUGGUCCUUACUACUGUGUAACCAGCUGUCUCUUUGCAAGGGGGAGUGCUGUGUCAGACAGGAACGUUCUCCUUUAAGAGCGCUACGUCUGCACUUCUCAGCUCGCUCAGUACCAUUGAGCUAAAACUGAAAUUCAUUUUUGCUUCCAUUAACUGUGUGGCUUGGAAGAGCUGGGGGGGAGAGGGGGGGAGUGUGGGGUUUUUUUUACAGCUGAAGUAGACAGGACUCUCAAUACACGUUGUGAAUAAGACUCCGAGGUUGAAGGAGGUGCCAUUGUUUCCUUUGAUAAAUAGCUUUGAGAAGAAAAAUGAGAAAACAGACUGGUGGCUCUUCAAACAUUACGUACUUUUUAUUUCUAUCAACAGCUGUAGAUUAAGGUCCGGAGUUUAAUUUCACUUGCAUUAAUGAAUUCAACCCAGCCAUGGAAGUACUGAGUAGCCAAUUUCAUUUUCACUGUGGAAUUUCAGUAUUUUUGUUCAAACUACAGGGGAAAUUAAUAAAUUAAGCUACUCUUGGAGAAAUCAGGCAUGUACUUAACUUUACAUCCUGUUGACACUGAUGGAGCUUCACUCACAAUCUGUGAAGUUUGCAGAUGUAUUGUUACAGCCUUAACUGUCCCGCUUCUCUCGGAAUGAAAAAGAAAUGUAAUCUUUAUCCAGUUGUGGUUUUGAAAAAGUUUUUCAAAGCCAAAGGGAAGAAGGUGGUAAUGUUAAAGCAAAAGGUUAGAUGAAUUGGAGAUAACUAUUUCUUUAAACACGGAAGUCAGCCUAUUUUUCCUUUUAAAACACCAGAGGGGCACUGUUUAAGAGGUUCAGUCUGUGACCUAGUGCUUUUAGCUGAAUAGAAUGAAUAAAAGGAUGAAAUCCAAAAUGAGUUACCUGGGAUGGAAAAAACAAUGAGAGCCUAAAAAUCUAGGAAGAAAUGUGCUGAAUUUCGGUAGCGUUACCUCCGUGUCCAGAGAUGGACCUACCGAAAGGAUCUUUGCUAGUGGUUGUAGGGGAGUUUUUUAUUGUUGCUGAGUGUUGGGUGCCAGAUGGGCAAGUCUGCUGCAAUUUGAUGUUUCCAGGCUCUCAAACUGGAAACCAGGCAUUGUACAACAGAGUGCCCGAGGUGCUGGAAGGUGGGAUUUCCCAGCAUGUGCUGUGUUGCCGAGGGUGGGAUUUGCGUGACCUCCAGUACCAAGAGUUAAGUUGUAUUUAUUAACCACCUCUAACUCUUUGGUGCCAGGAAUCUAGUUUUUGGAGUAAGUGCUGAAUUGCACAAAUGUUCUUGGCAAAUAGUGCGGGGUAGUUUACUGCUCGGACAACUAAAUUACUAAGGCUGAAGGGUUAAUACAAGACAAAAGCCUAGGUUCUCCUAACCAGGGAAUACUGAAUGUUGGAGAAGUGUGAGGUUUGAUUUCCAGAAUUGGCUGCUUCAUAAAUCUGUCAAAGCAGAAAUUUUGGGUUCUGGCGUCUGUCUUGUUACUGAGACCAUGUAGAAACAUGCUGAAUUAGAGAGUUUUCACCCGUCUUCUCACAGAAUUGACUCCACGGUGUAUCAUAAGAGUCUCGUUUGUAGUGACAUGCUGUGCCUGUCUUUUUAGAAAAUUCAUGACCUCUUUAUAUCUAUUUUGUGGAAAGUGUAACUUUUUUCAUUGAUGACCUGUAUAAAUGUGUGUUACGAAUGGAGAGAUUUAAGCUUGAAAAGCAUGUUUGCAGAUUACACAACGUCAUUAUGGAAUUUAUAGAUUUAACAGAGAAAUAUACAAGAGCAUAACUAUUUUCCUUAAGUAGAAUGUAUAACAAUAUGUAAUAAAUUAUUCUCCACGUAGUUCACCCACCAUUUACAGUUUUACACAAUUCAAACUGUGUGUUUACAGAAAGUUCAAUAAAUGUAUAUUUUGUACUAUGUACAGA